AUGGACAAACACAACCCAACAACCCUGGCUGAAUUCAUUCUCAUGGGAAUCACAGACCUCCCUGAGCUGCAGGUUCCAUUAUUUGCUAUUUUCCUUAUUGUGUACAUGAUCUCAGUGGUGGGAAACCUGGGCAUGAUCGUCCUGACCCAGCUGGACUCCCAUCUGCACACACCGAUGUAUUUUUUUAUCAGACACCUGGCGAUCAUUGAUCUUGGGAAUGCCACCACCAUCUGUCCCAAGAUGCUGGUUAAUUUUGUUGUAGCUCAGAACACCAUUUCCUAUUAUGCUUGUGCCACCCAGAUGGCCUUCUUCAUCCUGUUCAUCGUCAGUGAACUUUCAAUCUUGUCAGCCAUGGCCUAUGACCGCUACGUGGCCAUCUGCGACCCUCUGCUCUACAACGUCAUCAUGUCCCAGAGGCGCUGCCAUGCUCUGGUGGGCGUUCCGUACCUCUACAGCACCUUCCAGGCUCUAUUGUUCCCUAUUAAGUAUUUUACAUCGACCUUCUGUGGCUCUAACAUCAUCAGUCACUUCUACUGUGACGUUGUCCCCUUGUCACCUAUGAUCUGCUCACACGCACAAGAAACAGAAUUGCUGACCAUUCUGUUUUCAGCAUUCAACUUGAUCUCCUCCCUUGUGGUAGUUCUCUUGUCCUACAUGCUGAUUCUCCUAGCCAUAUGUCGGAUGCGUUCUGCCGAGGGAAGGAAGAAAGCUUUCUCCACAUGCGGCUCCCACCUGACGGUGGUGGUGGUCUUCUACGGGACCCUUCUCUUCAUGUACGUGCAGCCCAAAUCCACUCACUCCUUUGAGACUGAUAAACUGACAUCUGUCUUUUACACUUUAGUGAUCCCCAUGCUGAACCCCUUGAUCUACAGCUUGAGGAACAAAGAUGUACAAAAUGCCUUCCACAGGGUUUUUAAGCACCGAUGCAAGGUUUGUGCUUAAUAAAUCAGAAUAAAAGCAAA